CCAAUAUUUGUAAUUGGAAUGCAUUUCAAUUCCGAAAAAAUGGCAAUGAUGAGCGAUUACUAAUUGCUAAGUGCUUCUGCCAAAUUAUUUCAAUUGACCUACUUGAUUUUUUUUUACAUACGGCUAAUCAUGAGAAGACAUUCCUUGGAUUUGAGCUUAUCGGGCAUUCGUGUCUAAAUCUUCCAAGAAGUAUGAUGGUCUUCGGAGCUCUUUUCAUUUCUGCCUCCUUGUUUGGACUUGGCUUUGUAGAAAAGAUCGAAACUCGGCAACAGAAAUUGUUCUCCUUGUUCAACGUCGUUCAAUUUCGGAAUGAUCCCUGUCGUUCAAAUAUGAGAGGCUCGGGCGUUGGAGCGCUUCAAAGGAAUGGAACUUGUCUCACCGUCUCAGAAUGCACGGAUCAAGGAGGAUCUUUAGCAGGAGGCUGUGCAGCAGGAUUUGGAUCGUGCUGUGUAUUCUUUGCACGGUCUGAUUUGUCAACGGUGCGACAAUCAUGUGCUUAUCUCCAGAAUCCAGAAUUUCCAUCGCCUUACCGACAAAUGCAGCCGAUUCGUUAUACUGUUGCAAAAUUAAACCAAGAAAUAUGUGCAUUGCGUCUGGAUUUUGAUACGUUUUCCAUACUUGGAUUGGGCGGUUCCCAAGAAUUGACGAGAGACGCUUGUCGAGACAGGUUUACAAUACUGUCUUCUAGUAAUCCACCUAUUCCAACGAUUUGUGGACAAAACAUGGGACAGCAUGUCUACGUGGAUUUGGGUAUGGACUCCUCGGACCUCGCCCAAUUGAACUUUGAGUUCUCAGGGACCACGAAUAUAAGAAUGUGGGACAUCAAAGUGUCCCAAAUCAAUUGUCGUUCUUCUAGAAGGCCACCCAAUGGUUGUCUCCAAUAUCACACAGGCCUUAGUGGACAAAUCACCACCUUCAAUUACAAUGCCCUGAAUGACAACCACUUGCCCAAUCAGCGAUACAACGUCUGUAUUCGCCGGGAAUUCGGUUUCUGCUGCGUUCAAUACAAAGCUUGUGGGGUGGUCCCUGGGUCUACUGACCCAAUGUCAGCUUUUUCAAUUUCCACCAAAGACGCCAACGGUAAUACAGCCUUGGGAAAUGUGGACGACUCUUGCACUCUGGACUACAUAGCUAUACCUGGGUCUAAUGUCAGAUGUGAUCGGAGUGGUCGAGGAGGAUCAAAUCGAUUUUGCGGCGUCUUCUUAAAUCCGAUUGUAGACUCUAUGGCCUUCACCGAGAUUUGUACUUGCGUUGAUCCUUUUCGGUUGGAGGUGUUUACCGAUAUGGCGCCUGAUGGAGCUGAUCGCUCGAUUCCAAAUACAUCUCAAAGCAAAGGUGUGUGUUUGGAAUGGAACCAAAUCCAAUGUUGAGAAGAGCUUUGGGAGGGCAGAAUCUCAUCCAUUCCAAAAUCCGUCCAGAUCUGAGAGAAUGAGUAACUGUAACCUGUGCAUGACAAUCCCAACGGCCUUGGCAGAACCAGCCUGGUUUUUUUCCAUUCCCUCCAAAUCCCUGUCACCUUGAUUUGAGAAACCUGUUUUUAACUCCAUCCAAUGUUCUUGAUUGCACUUUGGGAAAUUGGAAUAAAUUCUAAAUGAAUCGAG